AUGUAUACUCGUCUCGGUAAGUAUAUUCAAACCAUCAACAUCAGAUCCGCCUGGCUGAUACAGAGUACCAAUAGGCGUGUCAAGUGCGACGAACAAAGACCCUCUUGCUUACGGUGUUUGUCAUCAAAGCGUAUAUGCGAGGGCUAUUCUACCCCUAUUCAACCCAAUCUCACCUUCGAAUCAUUAGGUGACGAAGAGCGUCGAGCGUUUCUCUAUUUUCGAAGCCAAACUGCUCACCGGAUUUUUGGCCACCAGGAUGCCAAUGACUGGAUCUCGACUCUGUUACAAUUGGGCCAUAGUGAAGUUCCGAUCAAACACGCCUUGACGGCUAUCGCAUCGUUGCAUGAAAGCCAAGAACCCCUUGGCGCUUCUGUGUCAGUCCGACGAUCUGAAAAACAUGCCCAGAUAAAAGCCCAAACGCUCGCUCUGAAACACUACUCUGCAGCAAUUAAAUCUGUGCAAAGCGAGUCCCCUAAUCUACCAUCCAGACCAGAGAUCGUUCUUGUCCUAUGCAUUCUUUUCAUUUGCUUCGAGCAAUUUCAAAGUGGCGAUGCAGCGUGUCUGCUUCACCUCAGGGCCGGCCUGAAGCUGAUAUACUGGUGGAGGUCUCGCACUAGCACAUAUACUAAUUUACAAGAAUACUCGCGGCCCACCCUGGAUUUAAUCAACAAUCAAAUAACGUCAGCAUUUCAACGAUUGCGUGUGCAGUUUUCCCUAUGCAUGGAUUCUCGUCAUAUCUUGCUGAAUCUUGGGGUCCCACUUUGUCUACCACCGCCGAACGUCCCUUCAUCAUAUUCAUCCUUUAUCUCUGCUCGAAUUGACUUCGACAGAACCAUGAAUUAUAUUUUUUCGUACCUGGAAACGAGCCAGUGCUCCGACACCACGGGUCCUACACAGGCCUCUAUGGACGUUUUGUGUCAGUGGAAAGCCGCCUUAGAUACUUCCAUCUUCUCAGAAGAGCGCUUGACACUGCAAAUGCGCACUCGCAACUUGCUUGAAAUGUACUUUCACGUCUCGGCCGUGAUCAUUGAAACAUAUCACGCCCAAACUGAAAGCAUUUUUGACCAGCAUACUCCUCGUUUCCAGAUCAUAGUCGAUCUCGCGGAAACCCUCACCCACACGUGUGUUGAAAUGUCGGAAGAUUACAGCUUGCUGUUUAGUUUUGACUUGGGGAUCAUACCCCCUAUGUUCCUUGUCGCCUCUCGCUGUCGUCAUCCCACAAUUCGCAGAAAAGCAAUCGCGUUGAUGCUUCAGUCCCCAAUGUACCACGGUAUAUGGCAAGAUCGUUAUUCUGGUCUCUGUGCCCAGCGGAUCAUGGAAAUUGAGGAACAGAAUACGGAAAUCAUUAUGGACCGUAUCACGGUACCAGAGGACCAACGAAUACGAAAAGUCUCUGCCGACCUGCAAGAGAAAGAAUCAGAAAUCACCAUGCAAUUUGUGCGAUCACCUUUUGCCGCUAAUUCGCAAAUAUACACCACUACCGUUUCGUUGGGGUCCUAG